GGGUGCCCCCGGUGGGUGCGGAACGGUGCCCAUGGUGGGCGGGAUGGGGUCGCGCCCUGCCCGGGGUUGUCCCGGCGCUCUCGAGUAGAAGCUCCCGGCCCGGUGGCGGAGCGGAGCGCUGGCAGAGGMUGCCCGGCCGCCCGCCGGGGUUUUCCGCCCUGAGGGGCCGCUUGGUGUCACCCGCGCUCCGCCGAGCCAUGCCCACACUGCCCGCGGGCGCGCUGCCGCUCUGCGCAUGCGCCGCCGCUCCCGGCCGCAAGGGGGCGCUGCCCCUGCGAGCGGUUGCCAUGGUUACCGCGACCCGGAAGUGCCAUGGGCGCCAUGGCCGCCCCCAGCCCCGAGCAGGCAGGCCCGGCCCGAGGGGGCUCCCGCCGCCCCGRCACCCCGUGAGGCCUGCCCGCCGCUCUCCCACCAUGGCCCGGGACACCGGCGAGGCGGCCGCCCAGGGGGAGCUGGGAGAUGACAGCCUGUCUGUGAUAACCUGUGAGUCAGAUACAGAAAUGAAGUUAAAGAAGAAGAUUUUUCACAAGCCUCCAAAGUCACCAAAGUCUCCCUACAGCUCGAGCACACAACUGUAUCCUAAAAAAGCUGYGGCUUGGCGAUCUCUGCAGGGAACAGGCAGUGCAUGUUUUGAGAAUGCAGUUGCUAAAAACCCAAGGCAGAUGUGGCUGGGAUCACUGAAACAAGGAAUGAGCCAUGCUCUGAAAUUAGAUGUUGACACGGGGCAUAUGCGAGCUAACRUUUCCAGUAGCACUCCAGAAUAUUUGAAGGAAGCUCUAGGAAUGAAAAAGCCAAAACAUUCUCGUUCUUCCAGUAAUGGCUACAUUCCUGGAACUCCUGACUACAAAGAAAAAGAAGAUAUGUAUGAUGAAAUUAUAGAACUGAAAAAGACAAUACAAGCUCAGAAGAAUGAGGGAGAUCGAAUGAAAGUGAAGCUYCGUCGACUGGAGGAGGAGAACAAUAGAAAGGAUAAACAGAUUGAACAACUGCUGGAUCCUUCCAGGGGCUCUGAACUGGCACGAGCUUUAUCAGAAAAGAGGACUGACAAUGGAUGGGUGGUUACUGGAUUAAAGCAGAAGAUUGUCAAGCUCGAAGAGCAGUGCAAGGAGAAAGACAACACUAUUAACGAAUUCCAGGCAGAAAUGAAGACCAGUAAUUUGGAAGAAGUGAGGUCAGCCAUGGAAACCUACUAUGAAGAGGUUCAUCGCCUCCAGCUCCUCCUGGCCAAGUCAGAGACUAUGAGGAAAAAUACAGAGGGCAAAGACACCCAAAAACGACUGAAGGCACUGAAUGCUGCUGUGCUGAGAUUAUCCAGGAACAUCAAGGAAUUGCAGACUGAGAAUCGGAGGCUGAAGGAAGAUCUGGAUCAUGUGCUGAGCAGUUCCCCUCCUCCCAGUAAAACAAAAAAUUACAGUGAGUGGAGCAGACAGAGGCUGAUGAGGAGGAUUUCRGAUCUAGAAAAAAAAGUGUGUGCCAUGGAGAGCACCAGGGUGUCAUCAGCUGACAGUGAGGCAUCACAAGUGCUUGCUGUGUCAUCUUCACCUUCUGUGGACCUGGAUCAUCCAGCAUCCCAACAUUUAGACCAUGUUGAGGAAUGCUGUCGCCUCCAAAGGCUGGUGAAGAAACUGAAGAGUGAUAGGAAAACACUUCAGAAUCUCCUGCUCAGUAAAGAAUUAGAUAUCAAGCAGUUACUGCAGGCUAAGGCUGAAGUGGAGCUGGAGCUGCAGAAGUGGCAGAAUAAGAUGGAAGAAAAGAGUGCAGAAGAGCAGACUUUAAGUGAGGAAAUCCAGAACCUGACACAGAAAGUAGGGAAACUGGAGUUAAAAUUGGAGGAAGAGAAAACACMAAUGGCAGAAGAUACAGUGGAAAAGCUUAAUAAGGCUCCACCAGUCUGCACAGUUAAAGGCACAGAAAAUCACAGGAAAGAACAAGCAGCCAAAAUCAUCCAGAGAUGCUGGAAGAUGUACAAAAACAAGAAAGAAAAAACUGCUCUGGAUGAGGCAGYUGUUGUGCUCCAGGCAGCCUUCAGAGGACAUUUGGCUCGACAGAAAGCUCUGCUGAGUUAUGGGGUGCAUGGUGCAAAGCCUCACACCAAGAACUCCUGCCUGUCUUCCAUGUCAGACUCCUUGAGCUUUUCCUCUGAUUGCGAGGAGAGGGAURAGGUUGUGACAUUCAUCCAGUCCAUUUUCAGGGCUCACUUAGCACGUACAGAACUGCUUCAGAACAGAUCCUCUGUGCCCAGUGGACCCAGUGGAAAAGCAGAUCCUGCACUUUCCAUCACAGAGAAGAGACCAGUCUCAGCAGCGCUCCAGAGACCUCUUCCAGUCCUGACAUCGUCUSCUCCUGGCAGGUCCUGCUCUGCUCCCUCUGUGCCCCUGGAUGAGGCUCACUCUGAUGACUCCGAUGACAUUGUCAUUGUCUCUCCAUUGCAUGAAGAAAACUACUCCCACUUCUGAGUUUUGGUAACAGGCUCUGGUGAUCUUGAAUUAUUUGAUUCACAAACAAAACUAUUUGUACCAAGACCAAGCAUAUCAAAGAUGAAAAAAGAGGGAAUAUGAGCCCCUUUUUAAUGACAGUUGACAUGAUUUCAGCCAUAAAUGAGUAAUUCUUUGGUAUGUUAUUUACAGACUUUAUGGGUAAAAGCUGCUGACUGGUAACCUUACCUUCCUGGUACACAGAGAGUUUGAUUUGAAAACUUAACCAAAACCCUUUAAUGUUUWGUUUCACAAUGUGGAUUAUAAAUUCAGUGGCAAAACUUAAAUGAAAGCAAUAAAGCCUUAAGCUAUUUSAUAUCACAGUUUUGUUUCAGGUAAACUAAAAUGAUUUGUUUAAUCAGAAAGGGGUCAAUGACAUAACUCCAGUUUUCAGCCCAUGUAUGSAAAGGGCUACAAUUGGUAUUUUUUAUCUGUGCUUCACUAUUUAAAAUUUUUACUGGGUCAUGUGUUAAUAUCUUUUUUAUUUUUAUACUGAACUUUUACAGCCUGUGCAGACCUUGUAAAGGCUUUUAGAAAGCCAUUUCUUUGUCAUAGGSCUAUUCUAGGCCUACUGUAUCAGCUGGGUUUUCUUAUUUAUUGACCUUUUCCYUGUUUGUGUAUGAUGAUAUGUAUUGUACUGUUUUGUGUUGAAAURUCUGAUGACAUAAUCAGCUUUUUGGAUUUGUCAGGGCACGUGUGUAAUAGCAGGAGUGUGCUGUGAAGGGAUACCCUGUGAGUGCUUUUUCUGCUUAAAAAAUCACAAAUUAUGUGUGUUUUGCGGGGUCAACUCUAAUAUAUGAAAACAUUUGACACAGGAGAUAGAACUGUCUGAAAUGUUCACCUGACUGCAUCACUCGUAGCUAAUCCAUGCAGUUGGGUUUGGGAACAGAAGGGGUAGGUUGGAUUGUAACAGAAAUUAGAAUUGCAUCCAGAAAAAGCACUCACAAUAUCAUGAUCAUGGAAAGACCAAAGACAUGAUGGGCUGUGGAGAAUAAAAUCAGAGGGGUCUUUUCAGAUCUUCUAUGCAGACUGUAYUUUUGACUGGAUAGUUCCUCCUGUGGUACCAACAUCCUUCAAAGACAUUAAAAUGUGUGUCGAGUUUUUUUAAGGUGAACUAGAUAAACCAUGAUAUUUAUUGAAAGGGGAAUUUAAUUUUAYCAGCACACAGUGAAGGUUUUCUGGAAACACUAAUGGUUUUUUUGUCAUCAAAGAGUAAUAAAGUCUCCUGUAAACAGAAAGCACAUUCUUAAAUACAAGAUUUUUAUCACCUUUUCUUUUCUAAAUUAAAAAUCAGUCACCACCGUUUUGCAGAAUACCAAUAAGUCAGGGCUGUCUCAGUUCUGUGAUUUCAAUGAAGCACUAUCUGAGGCUUAUCAUAGUUUGUGCCAGUACUUGCAGCCAAAGAGGAAACUGGAUGGCUGCAGCACAAUGCAGCUGAUUUCAUUUAAUCCCAUCGGUGGAAAUGCUGCCUGUGCUAUUUCCAAAGGCAGUUUUGGGAGCUCUCCAUACCCAAAGCAGUCUGAAGAAUGUCAUUUGCACUCCCAAUGGGUAAAUUUUUUCCUGCUGGUGCUUCAGUCACAUGACUGUCAUCUGCAGGAAGGAUAAAAAAAUACAUAAAAUAAAAAGGAUAGAAUCUUUUUGGUAGAAGCUGGGAUCUGUUUCCUUCUUUUUCUGGAAAUCAUUUAGAAGAAGGGUCAUUUUACUAAAGGGAAGCAGUGCUGCACUGAGUUGUUGUGUAUAAUAUUUCAGUUCUGUAACUGUGACUCUGUCAUGGAUCUCUCCAGAGAGUAACCAGAGAUGAGGUCUGACACAUUAAGGGRAGAGUGUGUAAUGUGUCAGGACCAAGACUGACACCAAAUACCUGCCUGGCUGUCAUCCURUAGGGAAUACUGGGACAGCAAAUACAAUAAAGAACACAUUCUUUUACUUUACUGUGCUGUAAUGAGCAAUAUGAAAGUAUUAGRAAGUUGAUACAGAGCAGAAGGACUUGUGACCAGCAGUAGCACUGUCAGUGAGAUAAAUGGGAGAUAGUACCUUGGGAUGACCCAGACAGACAGAAAUCAGGGUAAAAAGAAGCAAAUGUUUUCUGGGAUGAAUGAUAAUGUCUAAAACGUCCUAAAUUUGGGGUUCUAUCUCCUAGCUAGCAAAAAUCUGACAAAAAUCUAACUUUGAGACGGGCUUCAAACUCRCAUCUUACUUUGGAAGGUAAUUAUAUGCUCCCCACAAAUCAAAAGUUUGGUGUGGUACAGUGGGAAGAGAAACCUCCACUAGCCUUACAUGUUGUUCUGUUCUACACUGUCAUGGAAUGUGUUGAAGGGAGUAGUGAUUGACACAAGGUUUUGCUCUGUGGUUUUCUGAAUGCCAGCACCCAUAAAUCUGGGAAGAAGUGUGGCACAAAGAAGGRAGAUAAAGUUAAUUUUUGAAUAAAUGGCAUUUUUCCUCAACAGGAAGCUGAGGACAGUGUGGCUCAMACCUGCCAAGGUAGGCCCGAUACAAACACACUGUUUCUGAAAAACACCUCUGCAGAAAGCUUUGCAAACCUUGUGGGGGCAUCAAGGUCUUGAGUUAAAAUUAAACUCCUCUGUACUGCAGGUAAUCUAAAAGCACACUUCCCAUUCUGUUGAUAUGGAAUAAUGUCUCUGACUUACAGCCUUCUGCAGUUUACAGCAGUGUUUAGUUAGAGACUGUGUGAGUACAGAGAUCUGACUUUAAUAGGAUGUUAUCUCUCUUGAUCUCUUUUUGCCCUUAAGUGCCUUUGUCUGCAAAUCUUUACUGAGGCAUCAAGACCUGAAAACUGUAUUGUUUCCUGCAUAGCUGUAAAAAUAAUCCCUGCACAGGCAACUUCUAAUGUAGUCAAAAUGGAAAAGGAUUAAUCUUGGCAUUUGAGAGCACCAUUAAUUUUUAUGAUCUUUUUAAUAUUUAGAACUCUGUAAGUAUUUUAUGUAAUUUAUUUUGGGAUAUUUGAAAAGCUAAAACAAUUGCCAUAUAUUUUCUUUGAAUUGUUGACUUUUGAAAUAAAAUUUGUAAGCAAAUGUUGAUGUGUUUGUGCUGCUGUUGCUGUAUUUUCCUUGCCACUCUGGCCUCUGCUGCACACUCCUGUCUUCUCUUUGCACCUGRGCUGACCUUUUAUCCCUGACUUCCUAAGUGGACAGUAACAA